GACAAGCGGAUAAACUGUUAUUAUUCCUAGCUCGAUACAGGACAAGAGCAGCUCUAAACAAGGCAUUAUAUAUCGAACAUUUGUGUAACCGGAGUUGCGCUAUAUCAACCGUAUGAAAAGCCCGUGCAUCUCACUUCAAUGCCAGCAUGUAGCACAGCCCUCGCCUGACGAAACCAGCACGUUUCCUUGGGUGAGAAAGGCGGGGCCUGUAAAUCCGGACCCUUCAUUAAUUCGCAUGUACUGUCCGGACGCGCACAGGCCGGGUUUUCUCAUUGGCCGGCGAGCCAAGCAGUCCUGGCGAAUGGCCGCGCAGAGAAAGCGGCGCCUCUGAUGUAACCGCGGGGUGUUGACGGUCCAGCCUUCCAGUCUGCCGGGUCACGCCGUAUAAAAAGCUGAGAACCGGCUCAGCCUGCUAAUGGAAGCGCCGGUGUUGUCUUGGCAGUGUUGCUCGAGUCGUGCUGGGAUUCUCGUUGUUUUGUUAAUGCUGGGGUUUUAGAACACUGACCGAGCUUACGUUUGGCUUGACUCCUCCAAGCGUUCAGGUCUCCUGCUCUGCUCACUCCUGCCUGCACCGCUCCUGAGGGCCCUCUCGUGUCUCCAGCUCCCCAGCCCCCUGCUGUGGGGACCCUCAUUCCUGCCGCCAUGAUGAUGCAGCUCUGCAGCGAGUUCUCCUCCAACGCCAGGCACUCCGUCCUCAGCGUGAUGCAGCGCUUCAUCGCCGCCGCCAACAACAUGGACGAGACCAUCCUGGUGCCCAGCCUUCUGCGGGACGUCCCCCUGGAGGACGAGGAGGGCGACCCCCAGGGCAGCAACUUCAACAACAACAACCACCACCACCCCCACCCCCACCCCCUCCUCCGGGGCUCGGAGGAGCCGGCCGGUCCCGGCAAGCAGAGGGACCUGUACGAGCACUACCUGCUGCUCAAGUCCAUCCGCAACGACAUCGAGUGGGGCCUCCGGCAGCGGGAGCGGGCUGGGGCCGCCGGCCUGCUGGGGGUGUCCGUGAUGCAGGAGGAGGGGGAGGGGGGCGCCGGCGAGGCCGACGCCGACCUGGAGAGCCAGUUCCGCUACCACCUGCGGGGGCUGUUCGCCGUGCUGUCCAAGCUCACGGCGCAGGCCGACCUCCUCACCCGCCGCUACAAGAGGGAGAUCGGAGGGGGCGCUUUGUAGGACCGGCCUCUUCCCCUCGUUAGCGCAGACAGAACUUUAUUUUUUUUUUUUGCUAUUUGCACGAAGGGUGAAGUUCCUCAUGCACCAAGACGUUUUAUUCCCGUUUAACGUGCGGGUGGGUGGAGGGGACAUGGCGUUUGACCUGAAAGACUGUGUGACUUGGCCUGCUGAUCCUGUUUUUGCAGUCCCAGACCUCCUGCAGCCCUCCAAUCCCCCCCCGAAUCUGCCUCUGAACGCUGACCAGACAGUCGGCCCCUCGCAGGGCUGCGUCCCUGGCCGGGGCUGCAGAGGUCAGUCCUGCAGGCUGAAGACCACUGUCCUCCCACAGCCAGGUCGGCCCCUUCUACCCACUGGUCACAAACUGUCAAACUGUCCCGUUCCUCCUCUCGUACCAGAUGGGAGCGGGGACAGAGCUGUUGACACUACUGUUUCUUUGAGGUAACUUGUUGAAAACGUACAAGUGUCAAGUGAGGCCUGUUCUGAGCUGGUAUUUCCUUCCAAGGUCUGUCUGUCUUCUGUAGGACUGAGCUUCUGACAGAUCUGGAAUAAUCUCCCAGCGUCAAGGCUCAUCAAGACGCUGGGUGUGUCUGUAAUAAAGGGGUCGAGUUACUAGCUGGUCGAGUGCACGCUCAUGUAGCGCAACGUAUUUCUGCCUGAACAAUAGGGGUGUGUAGUUCUGAGGAAAUGGCUUCUAUAGCUUGGAGGAGGGUUUGGAGCUGCUCUUUUCUGCACCUCUUUCAGUUCCAAGUGGAAUUUCUUUGAUCGUGACCCCUUUGCUGUCCUGGGAGGGCCUGUUUCUGCUCUUAGCUGAAUGGGGACACUAUACUGUGGGUUGGGGAUAGAUGGGGACACUAUACUGUGGGUUGGGACUUGUGUAAUGUGAACACUGGAUUCUACGCACUUAUAUACCACCGCUGGACAUUGAGUUUCCACAAAUGAUCUGGGAAGUAGCUGCUGGCAUGUCCUGCAGUUUACACCCUUCUCCGUUUUCUGUAGCAUGGAGUGUCUGUCCUCUCCAACCAAGAAUGACUUGAACAGGGUUUUAUUUUAAAAUAAUGGCAGCCUGUCGGCAAUGGAGCCUUUGGGAACAGUAUCUGUUUGGCUCCAUUAGAACUUAAUUUUUAUUUUAACAAAACUUUUUUUUUUUUUUAGAAUGUAUGUUGAAGGUUGAAAUGCCUUGAAUGUAUAUAUACCCUUUUCUGAAUAUGAAAAUGUAAUUUUAUUAAAAUAAAUUUCAUUUAUGUUCAUCAAA